UUUAUAAACAGCUGUUUACAAAAUAUAAACAAACAACCGGCGCGUUAGAAGAAUUCUAAUAUUUUUUAAUUUUCUAUGAAAAUCGAAAAAAUUUUAUAAAUAUUCCAUCAAGAUGUUUCAAACCAAACAUCUCCUGCAACAGUACACUAUAGCUGUAAACAUUUUACGUAAAUAUACCGGCAAACCUGAACUGAAAACUUUCACCCAAAAAAAGCAAUACUAUGGUGACUUAUUUCCCGAUAAAUUACUCAAUAAAAAACAAAAGACACCCUCCCACUUGUACAUCACUAAUGAACAGACCGCUCAUCAAAUCAAUAAGCAUUUGGAGCCCUUUUUCCAACAAAGUCCUUGUGAUACUAUUCUGGAGUUAAAUCCCGGUAUUGGAGCAUUCACCCGCCGUCUCUUAGAUAAUGAGGAGAAAUUUAAGAAAAUUAUCUUAAUGGAAACUAUGGACUAUUUUAUGGGCAAUUUACAGGAAAUGCAUACCUUAUAUCCCGAACGAGUAAAGGUAAAACAGGGUGAUUUGGUAAACAUUUGGAAAUUGGUCUAUCAAGAUAAAAUGGAUAAUGGCUCGAGAGUACAGGAUUUAUUACGUGAUAUACCCAAUAGGCAAUUUGAAGAAGAACCUAAUAUCUUGUUAUUUGGAGCUGUGGGUUCUUAUCAAUUUUUUAAGCACCUUAUAAAUUCGAUUAUAUUUCAAAAUAGUUUCUUAAAUCUGGGCAGAGCUGAGAUGUAUUUUGUGGUACCACCUCCCAUAUAUUUGCAUUUGACUUGCACCAGCGAAAUUGGUUAUAUGAUCUACCGAUCUACCUCUAUUUUAUUUCAAAUGUUAUUUGAAUAUCGUUUUAUUGCUCGUUUGCCUAGAGAUGAAUUUCUGCCCGCGCAAACUGAGUAUAAUUUCACAAAAGGAAGUAAGCUAGGAAGGGUACGAUCUGUAAAUCCUGAAUUUCUAUAUUUGGUAAGAAUCGUACCGCGUCGGGAUAUAUACAAGUAUGUAGCACCUGAGGAUAUGCCUUCACUAUGGUAUUUUGUAAAACAAAAUUGUGUAAGCAGACGCAAUCGUAUCAUACCAAAUCUGGAAAAAUGGAUACCUGGCUGUGGACCCCGCUUAAUAAUUAAUGCUGAAGAACCUCAACCGUCUGUACCGCUAUACGAUGAUGAAGAUAUUGCUAAGCUACCAAAAUAUUCAUCACGUUGUUGUACUAUUAACAAUAAUGAUUACUAUCCCAAUAUCAAUAUCUAUACACAAUUUGGUGAUUUAAGAGCUAGUCAAAUGUUAACUCUUUUCUCAUUAUUCCGCAAAUGGCCGGAAUAUAAAGAAAGUUCAUUUUUGGCUUCUUUCGAAAAUAGUAUGCUUAAAAUGGAAGCUUCGGCAGAAGAGUCUGUGGAAGGUAUAGCCGAAGAGGAUGACGAUAUAUCGGUAGAACAGACACCAGAAGAAGAUGGGGCAACAACAACGACAACAACAGUACAAAAGGUCAAUGCUAAACGCUCUAGAAAACUUGUAAAAGAAACCUAACAUUUAAAAUGGUAAUGGUGGCGAUUUAUUAUUGUAAACAUUUUUGUAAUUGUCUUCAUUAAGUCUAUUUUAAAUUUAUAUUGUUAAAGUUAAAUAAUAAUAGUUUAUUUUUGUUAAAAAAAAA